AUGUUAAAUCGUUUCCGUUCUGCUGCCGAUCACGUGCGUUCGUCUUAUUCUGAAAAACGUGGCGUACGUAGACAAGAGCCAGAGAGACCGCGGGCGCGCGUCGCGGAAGAUGCGUAUGAUGCGGCCCAGUACUUUGUUGAUGAUGUCAGAGAUCCAUGGUGUCCAGAUGCCCUGGAACGCGAGCGCUUAUGCCAUCAUGCCCAGCUGCGUGAGUUGGUUGUGCGGGGAGAUGCGAGUGGUCUUCGAGAUAAGCUGGAUUCCUUGGGUGCUGCAGCGGCCAUCAUUGCCAACUUGACGCCUGGUGGAGCCAAUACUCUGUUGUAUGUCGCUUCAGAGUUAGGCAACCUCGCCUCAGCGUCGGUCCUUGUUGGCGCCGGCGCGGAUGGAAGAGCUCACCCCGUGACCAGAUAUGGCCCAUUGUAUAUUGCGUGCUAUCAUGGGCAUUCCGACAACGCCAUGCUGCUGCUAGCCCAUUUUCCUGAAGCUGUUCAGCAAGAAACCGUUGAAAAAUGGCUGCCAUUACACGCAGCCUGUAUCGGCGGCCACCCAUCACUAGUCAAGCUGCUGUUGGAGUACCAGUACCCGGCUCAUCUGCUUAAUACAUACACCGACGCAAGCGGACAAUGCCAAUAUCGGAUGGCGUUUGACGUGAACGCACGCGACGCGAGCGGCCAAAGUGCAUUGUACGUUGCGUGUACGCUGGGCAACGCGGGCGUUGUUGAUGCGCUGUUGGAGUUCACUGUACCUGCGUUGAGACCUGCACAGUCUCCACCUAAAGACUCCGUUCCUCCGGAAUCCCGAGUAAAUUCUAGCCCUCAUAGGAGUGGGAUAUCGUUAGGAAUUCAUGCUAUCGUUAAUAAACUAACUGGGGGUAACAAAACUUCGGCAAUCGAAACGGAGAAGCGUAUACGUCCAGUACGUACGGACAGCGGGCGCGGUAUGGACACGUGCGUUGCGUGCGCAGCGCGACUUGGACACGCGAGGGUUUUACGAAGAUUGUUGGCUGCUGGGGCUAGGCCUGAUGCAUGUGCGAAGCUUUGGCCUAUCCGCCAUAUCUCCUUAGAAGAAGGAGAAGAAGGUCUUAAAUUUCCUAUGACGUCAUUGCAGGAGAUGGUAUCAGAUGUAGCCCGUGACACGAGACGUCGCUCGCGCAGUGCGUCCGUCACAAGGGGUCGAGCUUCACCGUCGCCUGCGCAGUCGCCUUACAAUGAUGAUCGUGAAGGCUGGACAGCAUUGGCGGUAGCAGCGAGAGCUCGGAAUGUGCAAAUAGUGGAGAUGCUGUUGGCUGCCGGAGCCACAGACCCUGGUGGAAAAGCGUUGAGGGAAUGCGCUAGACAUGGGCUCGCGGAUCUCGUGGCUGCCCUUCUCGCUACCAAAGCUUACCCGGAUCCCGAGUAUAAGCUGAACAAAUCAGCGAUCUCCGAGACCGUCAUAUCCGGAAAAGACGUUGACACUGCUUUGUCAUUCAGUGCGAGAUGUCCCUCAACGCCUGUUAUGAUCAAUUGGAGGGAGCUGAGGUGUCAAUUAACCAGAUUGCGUAUGAGCUGGUUACGUGCCGCUGCGUCCCGUGUGAAUCCAAAAUUAUGCACGAAUGGCAACGCCUUAUUGGCCCUGACGAGACUCGAAGUAGCUAACAAUGAGUUGAGAGAACUGCCCAGGGAAUUGUUUUCACUUAUGAGCCUGAGAUAUUUGAACGCCGCUCAAAACAAGCUGGAGCGGCUUCCAACAGCAAAAGAUCCGUUUGAAGAAGACUAUGACGGAGGGAGAAGAAAAAAGAGAGAUAAGAAAAGCAGCAGUGUUUAUACGGCGCCAGUUUUGCAGGAACUAUAUUUGCAGGAUAAUCGCCUCGAAGAGUUACCACCGGAGCUAUUUUCUCUCCCAGCUCUGACGAGCCUUGACGUGUCGAAUAAUAAACUGCGCACGCUCCCAGCGAAUAUGUGGAGUGCCCCCAGUUUGAGGGACCUCAACGCUGCCUUGAACCACUUGAAGGAACUACCCACAGGAGAGGAGUCAAAUGACAGUGCCUCCAGUGUUUCGUCCCCUUCAGAUUCUCCUCUACCGGGUGCUUCGCCAUCCACCAAUUCCGCGCCUUAUGGAUUCUCACAAGCGAAGUCGGCGUCACGGAGUCCGUCCAUAGAAAACAGUGAAUCAACACCAGAUGAUGAAGACGUUCCUGGGCUUGGGAACCGAGCUGGAAACGCUAUCUGGUCGGAAGCGCGUCGUGCGCACGCCUGGCGCGGGGCCAGGGCUCCAUCUCCCGUUAGAGCCCCAGUGGGACCUGGAGCUAGUUGCCUGGCGUCUCUCAAUCUCUCUCACAACCAGUUCUCGUGCGUGCCACCACCGUUAGCAUGCAGGGCUCCAGCUUUGACCAGACUCAAUAUGGCCUAUAAUGGAUUAAGAUCUAUGUCAUAUGUGACGUCAUAUCCAACAAAUCUUCGCCAACUGGACUUAAGUCACAAUGAGAUUUCCUGCUGGCCGAGUUUACCACAGAUGGAAAGUUUUGGCAGCGACGGAUCCCCAUUGGCGUGCUAUUGCCCCAAUGGAGGCGUUGGCCGCAUAAGGCCUCGUUCAGGGGGCUCUGUUAGGUCCCAGUUGCUUAGCGCUGCCUGUCCAGCUCGGCGUCAUCUAAGACUCGAAGCUUUAAGGACCUUGAUCCUAGCAAACAAUAUGUUAACCAGAAUCCAACUCACCACUGAUGAUGAUGGUCUCGCGACUAGGGCUGAUCAUCGGAAUGAUGAUAACGAUGAUGAAUGGUCAGAAGGAGAAUGUCACCUCAAACGGCGUCUUCUCUUCCCACUCCUCUCGAUGUUGGACGUGUCUUGUAAUCUUCUGAAGUCUGUCCCACCGGCCAUAUACUUGCUUGGCAACCUGGCUGUUCUUAACUUGAGCGGGAAUAAAGACAUAACAGACCUGCCACCACAAAUGGGACUUCUAUCCCGCCUGUGGAAUCUCAAUACAGUGGGUUGUUGUCUUUCGGAGCCCCUUCGGUCCGUCGUGCGUGGGGGGCGAAGCCGCAGUGUCGACGUUGUAGGCUUUUUGAGAUCGGUGCUGCACGAAGCGAAGCCCUACGCACGGAUGAAGCUUAUGAUAGUUGGAGUACAGGGUAUUGGGAAGACAAGUUUACUAGAAUGUCUUCGACAAGAGUCAGGCAUACAACAUCGAAGGAAACCAACCGAUCAUUGGGCAAAGCGUAUGGGCAACCGCAGCGCUCGUGGUAUGUCAACUGUGGGCGUGGAUAUUGGCUGGUGGGUCUUUGAACCACAACGAGCAGCUAGAGGUCCCGUCACUUUCAGCACUUGGGAUUUUGGGGGACAGCAUGAAUACUAUUCAACACACCAGUAUUUCCUCUCACGUCGCUCCCUAUAUCUCGUCGUGUGGAAGGUUCCAGAUGGCAAAAAGGGCUUGGCCAGUGCACUACAAUGGCUGAGGUCAAUACAAGCGCGAGCGCCGGGCUCACCCGUCAUUAUGGUCGGCACACACUAUGACCAAGUUGUUAAUAGCAACCUACCAGAGAGCGAGAGUCCUUUAGCCCUCCAGCGAUUAAUAAGAGGCAGUGUCAUGGGUGCACCCGAUGCUGAUAAAUUGGGACUUCCUCGGGUUCUGGAUACUAUCGAAGUUUCCUGCAGUACUCGACACAAUAUAAAACUUUUGGCGGACAUAAUAUAUUCCGUUGCGUUCAGCGUCAAACCUCCAGGUAGCAAAGAACCGAUGUUGGAACAGCGUGUGCCAGCUACAUAUUUGGCUUUGGAAGAAUGUGUCAGUUCCUUAGCUGGUGAACUCAAGGAGCCGGUUCUAAGACACGAACAGUAUCGACGCUUGGUUACGCAGUACAUGCAGCAGAAGAAUCUCAAAAUGUUCAGAGAUGCCGCUGAAUUGCACCAGGCGACGAUGUUUCUACAUGAAAAUGGUGUCUUACUCCACUACGACGACGCGACACUUAAGGAGCUGUACUUCCUCCGUCCUCAGUGGCUCUGUGAUAUUUUGGCUCAUGUCGUUACUGUUCGGGAGAUCAAUCCGUUCGCUAAUAGUGGUAUAAUGAAGGUGGAAGAUUUAGCGCACGUCUUCAAAGCCUCGCCAGCAUUAGGAGGUGGAGAGGAAGCUCGUUCGUUGGGAAUGUCCUUGCUGAACAAGUUCGAGCUGGCUCUAUGCUGGGACGGUAGGGCGUUGCUCGUCCCACCCUUGCUCCCCACCACUGAGCCAAUGCAGCCGCAACCACAGUUAGCCCUAAAAUCCCGUACCUGGCCGGGCACCCCUCGGAGAAUGUUCUCCAACACAUUGACGACCUGCGACGAAAUACGCAACUCUGAAGCCCCUCUCACACAGGACUGCGGAUGGGGCAUCGUCCUAUCAAGUAGGGAUAGUGGCCGCUCGCUUCGUCGUAUCCUUCUGAUGUCGUACGUGCCAUGUGGCUUUUGGGCGCGGUUGUGUGCGCGGCUUUUGGCUGAUGGUGCACUCGCUGCCACUGCGCCUGAUCUGUACAAGAUUCCACAAGAGAUUGAACAAGACGAAAACCUGAUGAAGGCACUUGAGCUCAACUGGUCCUGGAAGGUUUGGAAGACGGGAUUGAAGUUAGUCUGUGGACAGCUGACCUUGCUUUCGUUGAGGGAGAUAUCCCCAACAAAGGACCCUUUGCUGGGGAGCCUGGUGGAUGAUGUGGAUACGGAGGAAUUGUACCACCAUAUGAGAUUUCGAGUACGUCAAGAAGGUGUGUGGUGUGAAUUGGAUAUGCAGACUUCUGCCUGCAUUGAAAUUCUUCUGCCAGCGCAAGCCUGCAUCGCAAAACGCAAAGAUGGGCUCCCGUUAACAGGAUACCAGAGUAUAACCUUGGAACCCAACCCAGCGGUACUGGCAAAAGUUCUGGCGCUGGUCUCAGAUCUUCUGGACUUGUUGCUGGAAGAUUGGUAUCCAUCUUUAGGUACCCGCUUCGUGCAUACCUCGGAAGGGCGUUGUCUCAUAACACGAGUGGUCCCAUGCCCCGGGUGUCUGCGCGACGCUGUCUCAAACAAUCUCCCACAAUUCCAGCCAGAACUACAUGACAAUAAUUUGGUUCAGGCUUUGAAACGUCUAGAAUUGGGGAAUGAACCGCGAAGAUUACGCCUCUCCGAGGAGUCGAGAACUUCGGAUCGUGACAGUGGAGUCGGGAACGAGUCAGUUUCAUCAUCGCGCCUCGGUUCCGUUGAAGGAGUUCAACGUUGUUUCACAGUUGGAGAAUGUUGGACCCUUGAAGAGUGUAUUCUAGCAGGAUGCACUGGUAAGAGGCUGGUCUGCCAGCAUCAUGCUGACGUUGAACUCGCUGAUGUCGCACCUGAUGUGCUUCUACUCGACGUGGAAGACUCAAAACGUGCCCGUUGGGAGCACAUAACACUUGGGGCCGUGGUGGGGAGGGGGGCGUUUGGGACGGUGGUUGCUGGAACAUGGCGCCCACCUGGCUGCGAAUCUCGCAGAGUCGCAUUAAAGGCGCUACAGCCGGUGCCAGCGCAGCCGCACUCUAUACCCGCUCUUACGGCUUACAAGGCAGCGGUCUCACGUUGGGAACGGGAGCCAUUAGCAGGGGCCUGUCGGGCCUACUGCGGUCUACGUCAAGAGUUGGGCAUCCUCAGCAGACUUCGGCAUCCUCACGUACUGCCGCUGCUGGCAGCCUGUCCAGCUCCACUUGCCUUGUUGCUGGCUAUUGCGCCUCAGGGUUCCCUAGAGAACACACUCCGUAGCUAUCGUGGUUGUGGAGCCAGAGUGGGUGCACGUGCUGCGCGUGCGUUGACGCUUCAGCUCGCACGCGCACUCGAAUACUUGCACACGCAUCGCGUGCUUUAUCGGGAUUUAAAGUCGGAAAACGUGCUGGUUUGGACUUUCCCAGCUCCAGCUGAAUCUCAAGUGGCUGAAAAUAGCCCAGACCCUAUUGAUGUCCACGUCAAACUUGGAGAUUAUGGAAUAUCACGACUUGCGCCACCAUCUGGUACGAAGGGCUUUGGAGGCACCGAGGGUUUCAUGGCACCAGAGAUCAUGAGGUACAAUGGCGAAGAAGAAUAUACGGAAAAAGUGGACUGUUUCUCAUUUGGAAUGCUCCUAUACGAGAUCUUUACGCUGCGUCAACCAUUCGAAGGCCACGAGGCAGUGAAGGAGGCUGUAUUAGAAGGAGCCCGACCGCCUCUAUCGCCAAGGGAUCUCCAAUACCCAUGCAGUAUGUUGGAGACGAUGCGUCGUUGCUGGAGUGGGGCUCCAGAGAUGAGGCCCUCGGCUGCUGCGUUGGUAGCGGUGGCUGCGGCCCCGGAGUUCCUCUCACUAAGGGAUGCUGCUGUUGUCAGACAGGCUAGGGCCGCAGCAGCCACGCCCAUGUGUCAUAUAACAGAAGAAAACACAGAGGGAUGGGAGGUAUGGUACGGUGGGGCGGAGCCAGAGCGAGCCCACGCGCUGAUAUCUUCAUCUACCACCUUUCUACACCACCACUCACUCACAGUACCACCAGACAAAACAGAACCGGUAAUUGUAACUGCGAUGUGUCGUGUCGGACACACGAUGUGGCUGGCUGAUUCGGUUGGACGAGUUUCUGUGUAUUUAAUAUCCGACUGUGUCUUACAAUGGAGUGUCAAAGUGUGCGAAACUGUGGGUGGCGGUGGGUCUAGUGUGUCGGCGUUAUACUCACUGGAAUCACUACGACGCGUUGCGCUUGCGCUGUCUUGUGGAAGACUAUUUCUGGUAUCGUGCGAGCGACCCCAAGCCGAGAGCACGUUCGUCCUCACAGAGUUGGGCACGGCCACUGAACUCAACUGUCUGACUGCUGUUUAUGCUGAUAAUGGGGUUGAGGUUUGGGCAGGUGGUGACGGAAUCUACACCUAUACAGUGAACUCUGAGGGCGUCAGUGCGGCUGAGUUUAUCACAGCUCCCGCCCGCCCUACACGAGUAGCGCGUCUUGCCGCCUCACCCCAUGUGUCAACUGUACUUGCAAACUGCAAAAAUGAUGUGUACGUAUACGCGUACUCGGCGACGUCGAGGGAACAAAGUGCUCGCUUGGACUGUAGCAAACUCGCGCCCAGUUCGGAAAGUUUGCAAUCUAUCGCAAGUGACGACCCCCUCACCGAAGACAGAUGUCGGAUAACAUCUCUGUGCGUUUGCGGCACUGAGGCGUAUGUGGGUACACUUUGGGGCUGCGUCAUUGUCGCUGAUGCAGCUACUCUGAGGCCGCUUGCUGUCUGCAGGCCUCAUGAAGGAGAGGUGCGAGCUAUAUUGCCACUUUAUCCGCAUGGCGGCAUAAACUACCCGAUGCUCGCAACACUGGGGGAUGGAUACCGACCCCUUCUCAAUAGAUAUGCCCCGUCACAGUCUGGUAACAACACAACUGCGCUGAGUGGCUUCUACUGUCUACUAUGGAGAACGCAGCAUUGGCUACCUGAUUAA